AUGGCAUCCCGGUUGAGCGCCAGGGAUGCCGCUGACGAGAUUCUGCGCGACUUGAAGAGCAACGUGUCAGGUCACCUCACCGUGUCAGCGGUGGGUCUGUUCAUGGCUAUCGCCUUCGGUGCAGGCCUGGUGACGUUGUGUGUCUUCCUCGUGUGCCGCCGUCGUCACAGGACGCUGUAUGCACCCAAGUCGUAUGCGAUCUCGAUCAAGUCUCUCAUUACGAUGAGGUCAUCGCAUGGGGGCUUUUUCAAGACGGUGCUGCGUCUGCGGGAUGAGGACCUCUUGCGCAUGACGGGGACGGACGCCGUCGUCUUUCUCGAGUUCCUGCGUCUGACCGCACGGAUCCUGACGGCCGUCGCGCUGCCGCUGUGCGUGAUUCUGAUCCCCAUCGAUAUCACGUACAAGCAAGACCUGUCCACGGACGAUGAUGUGCCGGACACACUCAUGUACCUCACGAUGGGGUACGUCCAAGGUCCGAGGCUGUGGGCUCAUGUGAUUCUGAGCUACGGCGUCACGAUCAGUGGCCUCGUGAUGAUCUACAUGUCGUACCGAAAAGUCAUUCGCCUGCGCCAGGCGUACUUGGCGUCCAGCGAGUACCAGACCAGCUACUUCUCGCGCGCGCUCAUGGCCACAGACCUGGCGCCCGAGAUCCAAGACGACGCAUCGCUGCGUGCGGCCCUCAUGGCCGAAGGCAUCGUGUACCCGCUGUGCGAGGUGCAACUGGGCCACGGUAUGCACAACUUGCCUGAUCUGCUCGCGCGCCAUACGGCGGCCGUCCAUAAGCUUGAGCGGUACCUCGACAAGGCACUGCGCUCCCACAAACGACCGCUGAUCCGCCUGGCGUGGACAGCGCCGAAAAUGGAUGCGAUCGCGCACUAUGCUGGCGUCGUCGAGUCGCUGGAGCAGGAUAUCGCCACGGCACGCUCAGAGCGGUCGGAAGGCGCGCCACAGUCGUACGGGUUCGCGUCGCUCGCCAUGCCAGCGUAUGCACACGCGACAGCCAAGAUGCUGACGAAAAAGCCGUCGCGACGUGUCAAGAUUCGACUCGCCGUCUCGCCGUGCGAUAUCCUGUGGCAAAAUCUGAUGAAGGACCCGGCAUCGCGACGGCGAUCGCGGCACUGGGCACGGGUGCUCUUGCUGCUGCUGUUUCUUUUCAACAUUGUGCCGCUGCUCGCCGUGUCUCUGAUUUCGAACUUGAAUGCGUUCUCGCGCAUUUCCCAGACGCUCUCUGAUUGGCAAACGAACCGCCCCCUGUCGUUCGCGCUGUGCACGGGUGUACUGCCGCCGCUCAUUUCGUUUGCCAACUCGCUGUUACUGCCGAUGUGCAUGCGGCGCAUCGCCAUGUACCGUGGCGUGCGUACGCGGCAAUCGCGCGAUAGAUCGCUCACGAAUCAGUACUUUACCUUCCUGUUUACGACGCAGUUUGUGAUCUUCUCGCUGAUCGGCGUGGUGCUAGAUCUGGUUAUUAUGAUCAUGGCGGCCUUUCGCCAUAAGGACAAGCCAUCGAGGGCUCUCUCGGACAUGGCGAGAGAGAUGCUGAACCAGGUGAGCAAGCGCUUCCAGUUUCAGUCGGCGUACUGGAUGACGUGGCUGUGUCUGCGUGGCUUUUUGUUUUUGCUGGAGCUCGCGCAGAUUCGGCGGCUCGGGUUCCUGAUGGUGGAUCGGUACCUCUUCUCGCACAAUCCGCGCGACCUGCACGAGUACACCAAGGCCCCGUCGUUCUCGUACUGGAAAGGGUACGCGGAAAUGCUGUUUCUCGUGGCGAUCGGGCUGAUUUACGCGCCAUUAGCGCCACUCGUCGCGGCGGUCGCGGCAGGUGUGCUUUGGAUCGCCGUGUUUGUGUACAAAAACCAGCUGUACUAUGUGUACGCUACCAAGUCUGAGACGGGCGGCCGGCUCUGGAGCUCGGUCGUCACGAGCCUGCUGGCCAUGAUGACGGUGAUGGAGGUCAUUGUCGCGUUGGCCAUUGGGCUGCUGCAAAACUGGAUCAAGGCAGUGAUUUGCCUUCCGCCCAUCGUGCUCGUCGUGCUCUUUGGGUGGUACUGCCGCGCGAAGCUCGAGCCGCUGUUCCUGUGGUACAAUCCCUCGCCGAUGGACUUGGCCCGUGCUCGUGUGCAUGUGCCGCGUUCGGAUCGCGCCCGUCUCGCGCGGCAGUUUGGCAAUGUGUUUUUGCACUGCCCACUCGAGCAGCCUAUCGUGGAUGUAAAACUCAUGGGGCGCGUGCACGAGUUUUACGAUGGACCUGUGAUGCCGAGUCAUCAUGUUGUGGAGCCCGUCAUACCCUACGAGACAUCGCCCAUGGCGUCGGUCGAUUCGCUGCCUGUGGACGAGGAGGGGCUCGCUAGUGAUGUCGAGUGGAAGGACGAGGAGGAGGGAACCUGGGAUGGGGAGUCGAAGGAGGAGGAAGCAUACCCUAUGAAAACACGUGUGCCGCCGUCGAAGGCGGAGUUUGAUGACAUUAUGGAAAUGUAUGCAGAGCAUGUAUAG